AUGAGUAAACAUCGUACAUCAAUGUUUCGUUAUCGAACUGUUCGUCCUUUACUUGUAUCAUCACCUGUUUCCGACAGAAACAUUUCAUUAGAUCAUUCUCAACCAGCUGUUAAUACAAAUCAACAGGUUUUCAAUGAACAGCAGAUUUCUAAAAAUUGUCAUCAUCAUUCUUCUACGAAUGAAAAUGAAUAUCGAAAUAAUCACAGUAGUGAUUUAAUUCAUUUCAAUGAAAUAUCGAAAUCUAGCAAUAGUAUUACACGUCGAAAACGACAAACAAGAAAGAAAGACAAUGAAAAUGAAUCUUGUGAACAAUCAAAUGAAAAACCUUCAUUAUUACAAAUUUAUGUAAAUAAUACUCUUCUUAUUCUAAUUCGUUUAAUGAUACUUGUCAUCAUUAUAUUCAUAAUUAGUUUUAUAUUUUAUUAUUCUAUUGUUCAUAUUUAUCCAAAACCAAAAAAGAGUGAAUGGGAACAAAUUAUUGAUUGGUUUACUCUAGAAUAA